UGGCGCAGGAGGCGGAGGGGGAGGCGGCCGAGACGGCCGAACGGCGGCCGGUCUCGGCACUGCGCGCGGCGGCACGCUUCUGGAAGUCAGCUGUGCUCGUGUUGACCCCACUGCUGGCGCUGCCCCUGCCGCUGCUGGUCGGCACGCAGGAAGCACUAUGUGGCUACUGCAUCAUCAUCAUGGCCGCCUACUGGAUGACCGAGGCUAUCCCCAUCCCGGCGACGGCGCUGCUGCCCGUCGUGCUCUUCCCGCUCACAGGCGUGCUGUCCACCAAGGCCGUGUGUGGUCAGUACGUGACGGCGGCCAACAUGCUCUUCAUCGGUGGCCUGAUGGUGGCGGCGGCCGUGGAACACAGCGGCCUCCACCUCCGGAUCGCGCUCUGGGUCCUCAUCCACAUGAGGGCCGGCGUGAAGUGGCUAAUGUUUGGCUUCAUGUUCGUCACUAUGUUUCUAUCCAUGUGGAUAUCAAACACAGCGACAACGGCGCUGAUGACACCCAUCAUUGAAAGAAUCAUCCACAUACUGAUGGAGCCCAGCCCGCUGCAGACGAGUACGGACGGGCCGGCGUUGGGCGUGAGUCGCCAGCGUCUGUCGGCGGCGCUGUACAUAUCGGUGGCGUAUGCGGCCAACUGCGGCGGCACGGGCACACUGACCGGCACCAACCCGAACCUGGUGCUCGUGGGCCAGCUGCAGGAGCUGUACGGCUCCAAGACGGGCCUGACGUACACCACGUUCAUGAUGUUCGGCGUGCCUGCGAUGCUCCUCUGCACCCUGAUCGCCUGGAUCUGGCUGGUGAUUCUCUUUCUCGGCGUCAGACAGUUCAAGUGCGGCACCAGCGGCGACGCUCGGUUCGCGGAGGUAAAGCGUGCCUUGCGUCAACGUUACGAGGAUCUGGGGCCGAUCACGUUCCACGAGCAGAUGGUGACGGCGCUGUUCUUGGUGGUGGUGGUACUGUGGUUCACCCGGGAUCCACUCAUCGUGACCGGCUGGCUGGAAGUGUUCUCAGUGAGGAUAAGUGAUGCAACUCCUGCAAUACUCGUCGUGGUUCUGAUGUUCAUGAUACCGGCCAAACCCAACUUUAAGUGGUGGAACAAAACGCGUAGAGACACAACUAAAGUGAGCGAAGGGCUUUUGACGUGGAAGGUGGUGCAAGAGAAGGUUCCGUGGGGGGUGAUCAUUCUACUCGGGGGCGGCUUCGCGAUGGCUCGUGCCGCCAAGGACUCCGGCCUGUCGCAGCUGCUGGGCGACCAGCUGACGUUCGAGCUGCCGCCGGUGGCGCUCGUCUUCAUCAUCUGCUUCUUCACGGCGUUCCUCACCGAAGUGUCGAGCAACACGGCCACGGCCACCAUCCUGCUGCCCGUGCUGGCGGCCGUGGCGCAGCGGGCGCGCAUCAACCCGCUCUACCUCAUGCUGCCCACCACCCUCACCUGCAGCUAUGCCUUCAUGCUGCCGGUGGCCACGCCGCCCAAUGCCAUCGUGCACCAGGCGGGCCAGCUGAAGACGUCGGACAUGAUGCGUGCCGGUCUGCUGAUGAACCUGCUCUGUGUCGGCGUCAUCACGCUGCUCACCAACACGCUGGGCGUCAGCAUCUUUGAGCUGCACACUUUCCCAGCCUGGGCCAACGGCACCGUGGCGGCGCCGACGGAAUAAGCGGGGGGGUGG